AUGGCAAGGCGAAACCUGAAAGAGACCCCACUUAGCCAGCUACCACUGCAGGACUUAUACAAAAGCCAACAGCACAUUGAUCUCCCUUCCUACGGCAAGGCUCUCGACUGUAACAGUAACCUCCUGCCCAUCCGUACUCCAAAUGGUAAAUCGUCUUCCAUGCUGCCAACCAAUGGGGAUGCUCGAGACGAGCGAAGCAACCAGUCACGAUGGAAAGGCCAAAAACAGCUGCACGUGUGGAAAGGCGCUCCUGUUGAAGCCCAAUCACCGCGCUACCACGACAGGCGGUGCCGUGAGGAUGAACUAGAAUCGACGCAGCUGGUCCUCCACAUCUGUGUCUGA